AUGAACCCUCCUGACAGCCUGGGCUGGAGGAUGAAAUGUUUCAUCGGCACAGAGACAGGCAUGGAGAUCCUCCCUGUCACAUCGCACCUGGGAAUAUUCAUCUUUGUGACUAUCCCUGCGGGUCUGUCCAAGUCACUUGGUCUCAUUGAAGGCUAUGGUGGACGUGGUAAAGGUGGGCUUCCAGCCACCCUGUCCCCUGAGGAGGAGGAGAAAGCAAAGGGACCGCAUGAGAAAUACGGCUACAACUCCUACCUCAGUGAGAAAAUUUCACUGGAUCGUUCCAUACCAGAUUAUCGUCCAACCAAGUGCAAAGAGCUGAAAUACGGCAAGGACCUACCCCAGAUCUCCAUCAUCUUCAUCUUCGUGAACGAAGCGCUGUCGGUUAUCCUGCGAUCGGUGCACAGCGCUGUUAAUCAUACGCCGGCUCACCUCCUGAAGGAGAUUAUCCUUGUGGAUGACAACAGUGAUGAAGAGGAACUGAAGGCGCCGUUAGAAGAAUACGUCAAUAAACGAUACCGGGGGCUCGUGAAGGUGGUGCGCAACCAGAAGAGGGAAGGCCUUAUCCGCGCUCGUAUUGAAGGCUGGAAAGCUGCCACUGGCCAGAUCACUGGAUUUUUUGAUGCUCACGUGGAGUUCACCGCUGGCUGGGCUGAGCCGGUACUUUCACGAAUUCAGGAAAAUCGGAGAAGGGUCAUUCUUCCCUCGAUAGACAACAUCAAGCAGGACAACUUCGAGGUGCAGCGUUACGAGAACUCUGCCCACGGGUACAGCUGGGAGCUGUGGUGCAUGUACAUCAGCCCCCCCAAGGACUGGUGGGAUGCCGGAGACCCCUCGCUGCCCAUCAGGACGCCAGCGAUGAUCGGUUGCUCAUUUGUUGUGCACAGAAAGUUCUUUGGAGAGAUUGGGCUUCUUGAUCCUGGGAUGGAUGUGUACGGAGGGGAGAACAUAGAGCUCGGCAUCAAG